AUGCUGAAAAGGACACUUGAUGAAAGUACGGGGGCGUGCAAACAUCCCCCCCAGAAGGCGAGGUCAAAAUCUGUUUCCAUCUUUUCGUUUUUUAAAAAAAAAAAGAAAGAAAAAAACAAUUCCAAUGACAGCGUGAUUUCCACAAGCAACGACUCUUCUCAACUCCCCCCCGGAGAAGGGAACGAAAAAAAACGAAACAGUAAAGGCGGAAGGGAAAAACAAAAUAUGAUGGACGAAGAAUCAGCGACAGAGAAUAAAAAGGAAAAAUGCAAAGACAACGCCUCAAAGACAGCACAUAGGACAUACACACAAAAUUACAACCAAUACCAAGUGAUGAAGAAUUCUGAUUUAAAAAAAAAAAGAGAAAGCUUUUUUCAAAAAAUUAAUAUAUUGCAAAAAUUUAAAAAUUACAAAAAAAAAAAUGCCACCAGUACAUUUCACGCAGGUCAUAACGCAAGUUCUGCCUCCGCUAAUGAUGAAGACAGGGAGGAAGAAACGAGCAACUUUAGCAAAAAGGGAAGUAGCAGCCAUGUGGACUACACAAGAAUGUACACCAAUUUGAAAAAGAACAAAGGCUACAACAUAAAAGGAGAAUUAAACAGCUUGAAGCAGAAGGCUCAAAUGCUGCGAAAUAGCUUUUAUUUUAAUGGGAAAAAAAAAGCAGAUAAAGGAAAGCUAAUCCAUAAAAAUGUGAACUGCAGGAGUGAAAUUAUUCUUAAUGAAGACGAGAGAGAUUCUUCUUCCUGUGAAGCAAACUCGCUAUUAACAAAUUUUAAAAUGAAAAGCAACAAAAUGAAAUGUGAUGAAGAAGACUCAGUAGAACAAAUGGGCAACUCGGAUAAGGCGCAAAAGGUAGAAAGAGAGUACAUCUUCGAUAGAAGCUCGAACGUCGAAGUAUGGGACGAGGUGAAAAGUGUUCGGGGGAAUAACACCGAUGAGCAAGAGGGAUUCAACUCCAACAACAAUGUGAUAGAUUUUAACGAAUACGCGUAUGAGGAGAAAAGGGAAGACGAGGCCUAUUUGGUUGAAUCGAGCGGGGCGGAGAGUGUAAUUAAUGGGGGGAAUGUUGCCCAAAAUAUUGACCCAAGUGGUGGACACGUUGAACAAGAUGAUUGCCACAAGGGUGACCGCAAUAUAGAUCGUAGCGUAUGGCACACCCAGGGGGAGCCAAAACGAACAAGUGAAUUUUCCUUCUCAAGAAGUAAUGUGGAACUGGUGCGAAAAGUGCAGUCAAACAUAAACGAUAACGUGAGGACCAUCAAUAACUACGUGAUGUAUAGUAACAAUAUGGGGGGUGCCAAUAUAAGGGCCCAUAGCAGAACGGAGGCAACAACUACCCAAGAGGGGGAAAUAUUAACUAGCAAAGAAAUAAAAACUACCCCUCAGUAUGAUAAACACACGACGAAUGAAGACAUACAGAAAGUGUGCACUAUAUCGAAAGGGCACAAGGAUGACCAUCACGCACAAGGGAAGAAUGCAUUAGAAUAUAUUCCAAUCAAAAAGGAAGAAAAUCUGGCACAGAAGGAAAUGAUAAUAAAGUUAAUGUAUAACAAUAAUGGGAUUUAUUUUAACCAAGAUGAAAAUGGGGCAGCGGGGGUUCCUUCAAGACGUGCCAGCACGGCUAAGGUUUCGUCGUACGAUAAAGUGAAUUCCCGUGCGUAUGAAAGCAAAUCUGUAAAUGAAAGCAGAAGUGGAAGCACAAAAUUGCAACCCAUUCGGCAGCAAAUUACAUAUGAAAAGGUGACGAAUCAGACAAGUGGUAAAAAUAAUUUUUCUAACGUAUAUAAUGAAGAUGCACAUAAAAAGUUUAGCAGUCCAAAGGCUAGUAGGGGGCAUUACUGGGGAGGUAAAUCUCAAGUGACUGUACCAAUGGGGGAUACCCAUUGUAUAGGUAACCCCCAAGAGAAGCACAGCAGUGGAAAUGCCAAAGAAGAAAAAGAAAAAAAAAAACACCAAAAUGGCACCAUAGAUGAGGAAAUCGGAGGAGGAAAAAAAGACAACAUAAUUAAUAAGUACCUUAUCGACCCGUUAUAUAAUUUAUUUGUUCAACCCAAGGAAGAAACGGAUGACCCACACGUUCGGAACAAUAACGUUAAUUUGCUACCCCCCCAGGGGGAGAGAAACUACACCAACGAAUUGCAAAAAACGUACAGAGCGUUGUAUGAUAUAUAUGACGGCUUAUAUGCAGGUGGCGUGCAAUACAAAGCACAUCCAAACGCAGAUGGAAGGAUGAACGUGGUGCAGCGCUCGUUCAGUCGAAAUGUGGACGGCAACAUAGGAGUGAAUUCCUCCAUGCAAAGUAGGGGGAUUCCCCUGAAUAACCAAAUUGAUAAGAGCAGAAUAUAUAUGUGUCCCCUAAAUAGAAGCAAGUCCAUGAAUAAAGAAAAUGCGUCACCCUUUGAGCAUAUUCAAAAGGAAGCCUCUAAUUUGAGCGUCAAAGCUACCCACCAUGGUUACCUAAAUAAGGCUAGUUUGUAUGAUACACAUUUUAAUACGUUCCAUUUGAAGGAGAAGAGAAGAGAACCCACGUUCAUGGGAAGAGGCAAUGGCAACUUCCUUAGCAUGAGUGGAAUUACCAACUGUUAUAAUGGGCCCAUUAAAAAUAUGUGUACCCUUCUGGAUCACAAAUUUGUGAGAGGGAACUACUACCCCCGCCAGGAAUGCCUCGCCAGUAAGUUUAUGGGAAGAAGUUACACCUUUUGUAAAGAGAACCAAGGGUAUAGCGGUUCCCCAGUCGGAGGGCAGCAAAGUGGCAUCAUGAAAAAGGCCUGUACAUUUCAUGGGUACCAGAAGGGCACGCAGACGGAUGUACAAUCACGUGGAUAUCCAGGAUCCCCCCCCUCCGUGACCCCUAUGGUAUCAGGCGCGGAAAACCCCAUAACCAUCCACAUAGCAAACACCAAGAUGCACACACUGCGCAACUGCAGAACCUACUGCCCCGACGUCGUCGGAACAUUGCACCCGCGGUUGAACCAAGAGUGCAUCACAAGUAAAGGCGCAAAUAGUUUACUACAAAAUGGGAACCCAGUUAAGUGCCCCCAAGGGAACCCAACUAAUGUAGAAAGUUUCUUUUCAAGCAAAGGGGUUGCAAAUAACUGGAGGCAAAACAGCACAAAUGUUAGACACGCCGAACAGGUUAGCAGGGACGGCCCCUAUGCACAGCAUAGCAAACAGGUGCCAAGCAAAAAUAUGAGAAUUUGUACCCCUUUUCAGUGUAUGACAUAUGGAGAGGGUAGACCAAAUGGCAGCAAAAACGACUACAUGAGUAGCAACUUCUACACCCCGGUGGAGAGAAUAAAAAAUGAAAAUUUGAGAAGACUACAGAGCUAUUCAUCGAAGUCGAAGGCGCCUGUGUGUCUGUCAAAAAGCCAAGGGCAUGGGGCAAUACAGUCAAACAUCCUCCACGGGGACAACAACGCAGGGGUGAUGAAACGGGCAAAGAGUUUAAACCCAGCGAGGUCUUCUUCUGCGCACCUAGGUGUGUUGGACAUAUAUGAAGAGUGCUACGUACAAAAUGGGGGAGCACAUGGGUUUGUAAAUGGAAACAGAAAUGACAACAACCUGGGAGGAGGUCAUAACUAUGUGGACAGCCGCAGAGUAGACGAUGCACCCCCCCGUGACGCCAGUAGCAGUGCUGGUAGCUGCUCCUCCGAUAAAAACAUUUUAUCGAAUGACUGGAUAGAACCGCCCUCGAUUGGUCGCCAUAGCAGUGUUAAUGUACCACCCCGGGGUAGCUGCCAAUUAAGGGAAAACAAGCAAACCUUUUUUAGAAGCAAUUCAUCGGAUGAGACCAUUCGUGAGAAUUACCCAAUUCAAGACCUGGAGUUUGAGGGAAAGGACAAGAUGGAUGAGCCCCCAGUUAGCCAUUCAAAUAACGAUGAAGAUAUUGAGCUUUAUGCUGUUAGUCUGGAGCAGGAUGUGGAGAACAGUGCGUUUGAGGUGGACCAUGAAAAUGGAGAAGUUGUUAAUUUGGGUAGGGACCUCUAUGAGAAUUCCCCAAAUGAGGAGGCUUCUCACCAAAGAAACGACAAUAGCGGUCAUCAGAGUAGCACUGAAAAGGUGAUCAGUUGUGAUGGAAACUGGGACACUCCAUCUGUUUAUUUCACCUAUGAGGGGGAAGAGCCCUUAUGGACUGCCCACAAUGGUAACGUGGAAAGUAAUUCCUUUGAGGAUGAAUACAACUGUGAGAAUGGCACUAACAGUUCGGAUUUGAUAGACGAGAAGAGACCAGAAAAGGUUAACCACCAUCCUAUUCGUACUGUAAUGCGGCACAAUUUUAGGACAGAAGAAGAAAGGACAAGUCGAGAUAGUUUACCUUCCCCAGUGGAUGAUUAUCUGCACAGUUAUGACAACUACAGUGAGGAAAAAAAAAAUGACAGCGCUCCGUAUACCCGUAUCAAAUAUGAUAGGGGACAUAAAACGGAAGAAGCACCCCAUAAGGAAAAUUACAAUUCUAAGGGGAGAAAUAUCAAGUUGAAAAAAAUAACAAAUAAGAAAAUUUCGCAAAAUGGGAAGGUGAACUCUAAUUCGAGUAAGAGUAAAAUAUGGCCAAGUGGUAAGGAAACAAGUGAAGACAUGAAGAAAAAAAAAGGCGUCGUGAAAAAGGUCAGCAGUGCGCUAUCUACAAGUUUGAAAAGAAAAAAAAAAGAUGCCCCAAAUGGAGCGGCAAAUCAAAGUAAAGUAAUCAGACAGGGUACCCCAACGGGGAGGGCACCACCAAGUGUCUCCCCCUCAAAGAGGAACAAAAGUAAACCCACUUCUAAAAGAACAAACAGUCUCCACAGGAAUGAAAAUGCAAAACAUUUUAACAUAGUAAACACUGUGGAGGAAUCUGUACAGGUUAAUUACAACAUAGGGGAAAAUAAAUUUAACUACAAAAAGGAAAGUAUCGUAAGUUCCAACAACGCGGUAUGCAUUGUGAACAAGUUAGCAGAUGAAGCAAUGAAAAUGAAGACGAGGAAAAGGGUCGGACAAGUCAAAAAUAAGAGUAAGGAUCCCAGAGGGUGUGAAACUUACUCCAGUACAUCCAUUCAACGGGAAGACUGUAAUUUUGUGGGGUCUAUUUCGGGUAGUUCAGUUCCACUGUGGCCAGAGUGCAAUUUCGUGGGGUCCUUUUCCAGCAUGUCCAUCAAAAGGGGAAACUGUAGUAUUGAGAGACGUUAUGCAUACUUGGGUGAGUCCCCCUCGGAUGGGAAUGGACCCCCGCCGGUUGGGAGCUUCUCCAGAAGGUCAGCUAGUGCAAGGGACAGUGUAAAGAAGGUGAAAAAAAUAAAAAAGAAUGGAAUGUUUUCGGAGAAGCAAGAAAAAAAGGCCACUCAAAUUUCGUCUACCCGCGAGAAUUCAAGCGUAACGAGGGAACCCCUCUGGGGCCCAAAAAAGGAUACGGAAAAAGAAAUGGAAAUGAAAAAGGAGAACUCAGUUAACGCCCUUAUCAAGAGCAACCGAAUGAUGCUGCAGAUAGAGAGGGCAAACAGUAAUUCCAUCUCGAAGGAAAAGGUGCAUGAUGAAAAGGGGGAUUCAGUAAAUAUAGAAAGGGAUACGUAUAUAUCAAGCAAAACAGACAUGGUGCAAACGUUGCCAGAAGAUUCCUUCUACGAACAAGUCAAACAAAUGAAUCAUAUAUUAAGCAAUAAGAACAACAGCCAUUUUUUAAAUGGAAUAAAUUUAAACCACCUAAUAGCAAUUGAAAAGACAUUUAUCAAUACCAAUGUGUUCAUUAACAAACAGGUAAUUACCCUUAGCACUAGGAGUGCAAAAGGAGGGAAGACCAAAAGGGGAAGUAGUCCACAUGAAGGCAUUCUCUAUGACGACAAUUUUAGCAUUGUCUACUUAGAGAAAGAUAUUAUCUACUUAAAGAAAAUUUUUUUAAAAAAAAUUCUGUCCAUAUUAUUAAGUCACGCGUCCUCAUUUAGAGAAAUAAAAAUAACUAUUCUGUUGUUAUAUUUUUUUGUUUCCUUGGAGGAAGGUAGUGUUAUUUCCCCCAGUGUGUACCCCCUCAGCCUAAUUAAUUCUUUAAUACAAAAAUUCAACUUGAAAGUGCGCAAGAAGUUAAAACGGGGUGAUGAAGUAGAAGGUGCCUCGCCUAACAGUUUUGCCUCCACGGCUGCAGAUGGUUAUUACGACAAUGUGGGCGUGCAGAGCGAUGCAUCGAAAAAGGGCUCCUUCGAUUGCCUCUUCAUUUGCGACGGGAAGAACUAUCUAUGCGUGAAUGACAACUCACUGCCCGGAAAAACGUACAGAACCAAAAUUAAGCUGAACAACCUCAUUGGUUACUAUCACUACAUCAACUUAAACAGAUUGACGUACUACCUGGAGCGGGCCAGUAGCGCUUACAACAAGGCGGCAAAAUAA